AAACGACCCACUUGCGAAGUGCGUGGUUCAUUGUUAAGUGUAGAGAUCCGGAUCGGUAGUGUUUUUGGUAAAGCUACGUUGGCAGAAUCAUGCAUCGGUUACACAGUGCUAUUCUGAAGGGUACCUUUGGCCAUUCCUUGCGCAAUAAUGUGGGAUUAGUGUCGUCGAUUAGCGAGAGAUGCCUGUCUGCGGCGGCCCAAUCGAAGCCAAGGGAAAAGGCACCACCGGCACCCACGGUCAACACUUCGUACAUGGCGAACUUGUUCCGUGGCGAGAUCGAACCGCUCCAGGUGUUCCCGUUUCCGGAUGCGUUGAAGCAGGAGCAGAAGGAGCUAGUGAGCUCGUUAGUCGAUCCGGUCUCACGAUUUCUGCAAGAUUUCGAUCCAGUGACGGCAGAAAAGAACGGAGGACCAGAUGAGGCCACAUGGAAGAGCAUGUGGGAGAUGGGUAUGUUGGGCAUCCAGGGGCCAGAGGAGUACGGUGGACUGGCCCUACCAAACACAGGCUAUGCUCGCAUGGGUGAGCUGAUCGGUGCCGUCGAUCUCGGCCUCGCGGUAGUGAUCGGCGCCCACCAGAGCAUCGGCUGGAAGGGUGUGCUGCUGUACGGUACGGAGGAGCAGAAGAAGAAGUAUCUGCCCCCGGUGGUGUCGGGUGGCACGCUUGCCGCGUUUUGCUUGACGGAACCGAGUUCCGGAUCGGAUGCCGGUUCAAUUCGUAGCAGAGCAGUGAAAUCGGCCGACGGUACGCAUUACGUGCUGAACGGGUCCAAGAUCUGGAUUAGUGGUGGUGGUCUGGCCGACGUACUCACGGUGUUCGCACAGACCGAGGUGACGGAUCCCAAGACGGGCCAAAAGAAGGACAAAGUGACGGCGUUUAUCGUCGAGCGAGGGUUUGGCGGAGUGACCAAUGGUCCACCGGAGAACAAGAUGGGCAUCAAGUGCUCCAACACGGCCGAAGUGUAUUUUGAUGAUGUAAAGAUUCCCGUGGAGAACGUGCUGGGAAAGGAAGGUGAUGGCUUCAAGGUUGCGAUGAACAUCCUGAACAAUGGACGCUUCGGCAUGUCGGGCACGUUGGCCGGUACGAUGGCACACUGUAUCCAGAAGGCGACAGAACAUGCUACCAGCCGCGUACAGUUCGGUCAGAAGAUAGCCAACUUUGGCAACGUACAGGAGAAGUUGGCUCGUAUGGCGAUGCGCCAGUACGUGAGCCAGUCGAUGGGAUACAUGAUCGCGAACAAUAUGGAUGCCGGCCACAAGGAUUACCAUCUGGAAGCGGCCAUCUCGAAGGUGUUUGCCUCGGAAGCGGCUUGGUACGUGUGCGAUGAGGCGAUCCAGAUUCUCGGUGGGAACGGUUUUAUGUCCUCCAGUGGUUUGGAGAAGUUCCUGCGUGACAUCCGCAUCUAUCGGAUAUUCGAAGGAGCAAACGAUAUCCUACGGUUGUUCGUUACGCUGACCGGUAUCCAGUACGCGGGAUCACACCUGAAGGAGCUGCAGCGUGCGUUCAAGAACCCGACCGCCAACCUGGGAUUGAUCUUCAAGGAGGGGUCACGUCGGGCCGUUCGUAGCAUCGGAUACGGUGGUACCGAUCUGAGUUCGUUCGUCGCCGAACCACUGAAGGAAUCGUCUGCACUGUGUGCUGAUAGUAUCGAUCGGUUCUCGAGAAGCAUCGAAGCGCUGUUAAUCAAACACGGAAAGGGUAUUGUGGAUCAGCAGUACCUGCUUAUCCGGCUGGCUGAUUCGGCGAUUGACAUCUACGCCAUGUCGUGUGUACUAUCACGAGCGACGAAAGCGCUGCAGGAUAAGGUCCCUUCUGCCGAACAUGAGGUGCUGAUGACAAAGGCAUGGUGUAUUGAGGCUAAUGCACGUGUUCGAAACAACAUCCGUCAGGUGCAUAAUGGGGUCUUUUUGAAGAACCAUGAAACGAUGAGCGCCAUCGCGAAGAACGUGUGUGAGCAGCAGGGAGUGGUGCAAUCGAAUCCGGUCGGUUUCACCUGAGCGAGCUUAGGCUAAGAAGGAUGCAGAAUGAGUUUCGAAAAUGUGAUAAAAACUGCCUAAAUUAAUAAACCCACAUUAUAUCAUCA